GUCCUAAUGCGCAAGGUAGACCAUUUCCACCGGAACACCAGUUUAUUACAUCCACACCACCAUGAAUCCGCUGACGAAGGUGAAGCUCAUCAACGAGCUGAACGAGCGCGAGGCGAACCUCGGGGUCAACGAGUCCGUGUCCUGGCACACCGAGUACAGGGACAGCGCCUGGGUCUUCGUCGGAGGUUUUCCCUACGAGCUGACGGAGGGAGACAUCAUCUGCGUCUUCUCUCAGUACGGAGAGAUCGUCAACAUCAACCUGGUGCGGGACAAGAAGACGGGCAAGUCCAAAGGUUUCUGCUUCAUCUGCUUCGAGGACCAGCGCAGCACCAUCCUCGCCGUCGACAACUUCAACGGCAUCAAGAUUAAAGGCCGGACGAUCCGCGUGGACCACGUCAAAGACUACCGUCCUCCCAAAGACACGGAGGACAUCGAUGACAUCACCAAACACCUGAGGGAGCAGGGCUGCGCCCCCAACACCGCCCCCCCGCCCGCCGCCGCGUCCUCGGAGGAAGAGGAAGACCAGUACGACGUCCCCGUGAAGAAACCCAAAAAAGACAAAAAGGAGAAGAAGAAGAAGAAGAAAGAGAAGAAGGAGAAGAAGAAGAGGGAGAAAGAGAGGGCGUCCUCCUCAUCAUCAUCUUCACCUCCUCCUCGUCCUCGUCUUCUUCCUCCUCCUCCUGCCGUCAGGGUCAAAGAGGAGAAGGAGGACGCCGCCUACGACAAGUACAACCAACGGGGGGCGCCACCGCCACCACCGGGAGAGAACGGACAGAGAGCAAGGGAGACAGACAGGGACAGAGAGGAAGACAGGAGGAGGGAGACAGACAGGGACAGAGAGGAAGACAGGAGGAGGGAGACAGACAGGGACAGAGAGGAAGACAGGAGGAGGGAGACAGACAGGGACAGAGAGGAAGACAGGAGGAGGGACAUGGACAGGGACUAUGGGAGGAAAAGAGAGUUUGACCGCGACAGAGACGGUGAGAGAAGAAGAGAGACAGACAGAGAGAGAGACGGUGAGAGGAGACGGGAGGUUGACCGGGAGAGAGACAACGACAGACGAAGAGAGACAGACAGGGAGAGAGACAACGACAGACGAAGAGAGACAGACAGGGAGAGAGACAACGACAGACGAAGAGAGACAGACAGGGAGAGAGACAACGACAGACGAAGAGAGACAGACAGAGACACGGACAGAAGACGAGACGCUGAGAGAGACGGCGGUAGAAGACGAGAGACGGACAGAGACGGUGAACGGAGAAGGGAGACAGACAGGCGUAAACACUGAGGCGUGACCCGCCCUACUCGGCCAAUCAGAGGCAGAGUAGAGCGAACCUUACCUGGCGACAGAUGAUGUAUAAAGAUGUGAAUAUUAAAACACGAAUAAGUAAUUUUACACCAUAAACAGAUUGUUAAAGUUACCGCAAGGACCUUUAAUCUGCAGCAGCAGACUCCUUUUAGAAAACCUCUACUUAAACUGCAGCAGGUCCGACAGUCGGCCCCACUCAGUCCUGGUUCUGGUUCCACCCGUGCCCCCUUUCCUUCUACCGGGCACAACAAAACGUUGUGGGCGUCCGGCGCCAGCAGCCCGUUACACCAACAUUUAACUAAAAAAUAGUCGCCCGUGAAACCGAUCUCUACUAGGUGUUGGGAUUCUCCUUCACAAACAAACAUUUUAAAAGUUCCCCGCCAAAGUUGGUGUUCAGGUCGUCCUGGACCACAUGGAGGAUCCCCCAGUCAGCCGGUCCGGAUUAAAACCAGACGGUUUCACAACCAGUUGACUACGUUCCUUGUAGUAACUUUAACUAAAGAAUAAAGUGAAUGGAAUAUGACAUUCACCUGUUAAAGAGAAACUUUUACAUUAAUGUUCCUCUCAGUUUUGUGUUAAAUGUUUCCUUAAAUGUCAGAAAUGUUUGAGUUUUGUAAUAAAAACAAAAGUCUUAAA